ACUUCACUUUAAUGAUCCUAUGUUGUUGCAGUUGUAGCCUAAUUUCAGAAGUCAAUGAUUUCACUUUGUUUUUCCUGACAUUAAAUGCAAGACAGUUUCGUGUUCUGUGAGAAGCUUGGAUUAUCUUGUUGACAUUUUCACAUUAAGGUCGGCAACGUGUUUCAAACUGAAUUAGCUGUUGAAGCUCUAAUACUAUGCCAGUGUGUGCCUUUUCUUUAUUUUAUUUUAUCUUAACUAAACAGAGAAGAUCUAGUUCAUCAAAGGGGUGACAGGAGUCUCCAUAUAUCAGUUACUACUUUAACUAUAUUUCUUAACACAUCACCAAAGACUAUUGAAGCUAGUUUGCAUUCAUGUGUUCGAACAAUAUCCAUACAAAUGCAGAAUUGAUUAAGAUGAUACAAGGAAUGCUAUGAUCUGAAAGCCAAAAGAUACCAUAUACCAUUUUACUGGAUUUCUUAGUCACAUUGUUCUUAAACAAUACUGUUAUUUGGUUUAAAAAAUAACAUAUGGAACAUUUUUAACAUGGCUUUCUUUUUUUAAAUUCCUCCCUUCCCCAGGAAAAUUACUUCCAGAAUUUUUAACUGCAACUUUGUGUAUUUCUUUUCUUCCCACCCUGCUAUUUUUGUAUUUCUGCCUUUCAAAAGUGUAGUUUGAAUGAUUGGCUUUGUUUAAAAGUGCCUUGUAUUUUGCUGAGAAAGGAAAGAGUACAAGAAGAAGCUGGAUAGUGGCCUUUCUGCCUGCUUUCUUGAUUUCAGUGCUGAUUAUUCAGAAGCAAUGUUAAUAUUUACAUGGAGAAAUCGAAGCACAGAAAAAGAUUAGCAGGUGAACAAUGGAUCGCUAGUAACUGGAAUUCCGACUAUAUUGUCAAAUAAUACAAACUAUGAACCAGUUCACAUGGACUGAAUGGAAGAAUCUGAAUAUGAAUGAUAGUAAUGUGAAUGUGUCUGAGCAUCUAUCCUGCCCUUUUGGAUUUGGACAUUAUAACACCAUUGACACUUGCAUCCUUGAGACUGUUGUUAUUAUCUUACUAACAUUUUUAAUUAUUACUGGUAACUUAACAGUAAUUUUUGUCAUUCAUUGUGCUCCACUUUUGCAUCAUUAUACCACCAGCUACUUUAUUCAGACUAUGGCAUAUGCUGAUCUUUUUGUUGGGAUUAGUUGCUUAAUUCCUACUUUGUCAUUGCUUCACUAUUCUGUAGGUGUUCAUGAGUCCUUAACUUGUCAAAUUUUUGUGUAUGUCAUUUCUGUAUUGAAAAGUGUUUCUAUGGCCUGCCUUGCUUUCAUUAGUGUGGAUCGCUACCUUGCCAUCACAAAACCACUCUCCUAUAACCAGUUGGUCACCCCCUGUCGAUUGAGGAUCUGCAUUAUUUUGAUUUGGCUAUACUCGGGUGUUAUCUUCCUGCCUUCCUAUUUUGGUUGGGGAAAGCCAGGUUAUCAUGGAGACAUUUUUGAAUGGUGUGCAGCUUCUUGGCUCACCAAUGCCUAUUUUACUGGAUUUAUUGUGUGCUUACUCUAUGCUCCAGCUGCCUUUAUAAUCUGUUUUACAUAUUUCCACAUAUUUAGAAUUUGCCGGCAGCACACCAAAGAGAUAAAGGACAGGAGAGCUCGGUUUCCUAGUCAUGAAGUAGAUACUGCUGCAGAAACUGGACAUAGCCCAGAUAGCCGUUAUGCUAUGGUUUUAUUUCGUAUAACCAGUGUGUUUUAUGUGCUCUGGCUUCCCUACAUUAUAUAUUUCAUGCUAGAGAGCACUAAGGUGCUGGAAAAUCCAUCACUCUCUUUUGUAACAACCUGGCUUGCUAUUAGCAAUAGUUUUUGUAACUGUGUAAUAUAUAGUCUGUCAAAUAGUGUUUUUAGGUUGGGACUGUGGAGAUUGUCAGAGACAAUAUGUUCAGCUUGUAUAUGUAAAAAAGAAAGCGUGGUUCGAGAGCCCGUUCCUAGAAAACGGGCUAACUCUUGUUCGAUUUAAAGGAAAAAAAUAGGCAGUCAUAUACAAUCUGAUAUAUAGACUUUGUAAUAUUUGUAUGUUGCCAGCUUAAAAUUUCAAGAAGAAAUACUUAUUGUAAACACGAAUUAUAUUUUGCAAGAGUAAGAAAACAUUGCUGGAAUGGUCAUAAGUGGGGGACUACGUUGGAAAUGGAAGCCAAGCUUCCAGCAGACUGAACUUAAACCCAGACUAGCUUUAAUAACAAAAUUGUCACUUAUGAAUAUGUAGAAAACUGUGGUGGUAAUAUAAGUACUGUAUGUUAUGUUAAAAUGCUUAUUUGUGGAGGCAUACAUUUUAUUUUUUUCUAAUGUAAUAUAUAAAGAUGAACUAAUUUUCUUUUGUUCUUUUGGAGUCUGUGACCAAAUUGUUCGGACAGAUUUUUGCUGUUCAAUGCAGAGCGUGCAUUAGGCAUGUAUAUGAAACUGUUUUAAAAUGUACAUUUUGUAUUCUGUAUCAUGUGGUUUUCCUAAACUAUUAUUAAAUUAUUGUUUAAC